AUGUUGGGUACUAGCAUCAACUUCUCGCGUGGUCGUGGUGAGGAUCGGUUUUAUAAUCCGCCGCAAGCUCGCCGGUUGUUACACACGGCGGAGAAUGAGAGGAUUCGUAGAGCUCAUAGUGAUGUGACGCCGAGUCGGUCGGUGAUUAGAGAGAAAUCUAUGGAUUCGGUUGAGAAGGAGAAGAAACGGGUUGGGUCUGAAGAGAGCAAGAAAGUAGUUGCUGUGACUUCGUGUGAAACGGAGGUGAAGCGGUUGAGUAACUUGGAGAGGUUUUUGAAAUCGGUUACGCCGUCUGUGCAUGCUCAGCAUCUUUCUAAGAGGAACUCAAGAAGCUUUAGGACAUGUAGUGAGGAGGUUCCACCUUACUUUGUUCUUGGUGAUUUGUGGGAAUCAUUCAGGGAGUGGAGUGCUUACGGUGCUGGAGUGCCGCUUGUACUUAAUGACAAAGAUAGUGUUGUUCAAUAUUAUGUUCCUUAUCUUUCCGGGAUUCAAAUUUAUGCCCAGACUGUCAAGCCACCUGUGAAGUCAAGGCAACUAGGCGAUGACAGUGACAGUGAUUUCAGGGACUCAAGUAGUGAUGGUAGCAGUGAUUGUGAACCUGCUAGAGGAUAUAGGGAACAAAGGAAUCUUCCCCAUCUCUCGGAUGACUUAUCUAAUUGGAUGGGUAGAUUAUCUGGCUACUUGCUAUUCGAGUAUUUUGAACGGGACACUCCUUAUGGCCGUGAACCUUUGGCUGAUAAGAUGAUGGACCUUGCUUUUCGUUUCCCUCAACUGCUGACACUUAGAAGUUGUGAUAUACUAUCAUCAAGUUGGAUAUCUGUAGCAUGGUAUCCUAUAUAUAGAAUUCCAAUGGGUCAAACAUUAAAAGAUCUCGAUGCGUGCUUUCUGACAUACCAUUCUCUUUCUACACCUCUGGGAGGUUUACAAAGAGUGCAGCCUCCUGUACCAUCACAUCCAACCGAGAUGGAUGGUGUCCCAAAAAUAUCUUUACCUGUUUUUGGUCUUGCCUCAUACAAGUUCAAGGGACCCCUGUGGACUCCAAGUGGUGGAUACGAGCGCCAAUUAUCCAACUCUCUUUUACAGAAUGCUGAUAAAUGGUUAAGACUGCUUCAGGUCAGUCACCCAGAUUUCCUGUUUUUCAGCCGUUGA